ACAACUUCAGACCAACAUCAAUUACCAUUCUAUACUUAUAUCUCCUUUCCUUGAUCAUCCACAGGGCAUAGUCAAGCCAACUAACAAGCCGCAAUUCUUCCUCGGAAUAAAGGAGUGCCAUUGUUCCUGCGGCUGAGCCGCCGCACGCUUCAUCCACUCAAUCCCCAGUGAGGUCGGCCACUAUGCGAUUCGACGUCAAGAGACAACUCUUCGCCCGAUCGAAUCGGGUCAAGGGAAUCGACUUCCAUCCUACAGAGCCAUGGAUAUUAACCACUUUAUACAGCGGCCAUGUUUACAUCUGGUCGUAUGAGACACAGUCCAUCGUCAAAACAUUCGAACUUACAGAUGUCCCCGUGCGAGCCGGGCGCUUCAUUGCGAGAAAGAAUUGGAUCGUCUGCGGUUCCGAUGAUUUUCAAUUACGCGUCUACAAUUAUAACACUUCCGAGAAAAUAAUCUCGUUCGAGGCUCACCCCGAUUAUAUUCGAUCCAUCGCAGUACACCCCACCCAUCCAUUCGUAUUAACCGCUUCCGAUGAUAUGACUGUCAGACUUUGGGAUUGGGAUAAAGCAUGGAAAUGUGUGCAGGUAUUCGAAGGACAUAGCCACUACGUUAUGGGUUUGGCUAUUAACCCGAAGGAUUCGAACACAUUUGCCUCGGCGUGCCUGGAUCGAACGGUCAAGAUAUGGAGUCUGGGUUCACCGCACCCCAACCUCACACUUGAAGCUCAUGAAGCAAAGGGUGUCAAUCACGUUGAAUAUUACCCACACGCUGACAAGCCAUAUCUCUUGACUACUUCCGACGAUAGGACCGUGAAAGUGUGGGAUUAUACUACCAAGGCAUUGAUCGCAACAUUAGAAGGCCAUACCAGCAACGUCUCUUUCGCCUGUUACCACCCUGAACUCCCAAUUAUCAUAUCCGGUUCGGAAGAUGGAACUAUUAAGAUUUGGAACGCUAAUACAUAUAGACUGGAGCAAUCUUUAAGCUAUGGCUUGGAAAGAGCGUGGUGUGUGAGCUAUCAGCGAGGAAAACAGGGAAUUGCGAUGGGCUUUGACGAUGGUGCUGUGGUCGUGAAAAUGGGCAGAGAGGAGCCAGCCGUGUCAAUGGACGGAUCCGGAAAGAUUGUUUGGGCACGCCAUAAUGAGGUGGUCUCUACAGUUAUAAAGGGCGGCGAUGCGACUCUCAAAGACGGAGCUCCACUUACACUGCCGGUCAAAGAGCUUGGUUCUUGUGAAGUGUAUCCCCAAAGCUUGAUGCACUCACCGAACGGGAGAUUUGUAUCUGUCUGUGGUGACGGCGAGUAUAUCAUCUACACUGCUCUUGCAUGGAGAAACAAGGCAUUUGGUCAGGCACUUGACUUUGCAUGGGGUUCUAAAGACAAUAGCAACGACUAUGCAAUCAGGGAGUCUCAAACCAGUGUGAAGAUAUUCCGCAAUUUCAAGGAGAAGAGCGGAGGCCUUGAUGUUGGAUUCCAAGCAGAAGGCCUCUGCAGUGGUGUUUUGCUUGGAGUUAAAGGACAAGGUGGAAUUGGCAUGUUUGACUGGGAAUCUGGCGGCCUUGUCAGAAGAAUCGAGGUUGACCCCAAAGCAGUAUAUUGGUCGGAGUCCGGAGAGCUAGUUACCCUUGCUUGUGACGAUACCUUCUACGUUCUACGGUUUUCACGGGAAAACUAUAUAGCUGCUGUGAAUGCCGGGGAAGUUGAUGAAGAUGGCGUGGAAGCAGCCUUUGAGAUCGUUACCGAUAUCAACGACACUGUUCGCACUGGAGAGUGGGUUGGAGACUGCUUUAUUUAUACCAACUCAACCAAUCGAUUGAACUAUCUUGUUGGUGAUCAAACGUACACAAUUUCCCACUUCGACCAGCCAAUGUAUCUCCUAGGCUAUCUUCCUCGAGAUGGAAGAAUAUACCUCGCCGACAAGGAUCUGACCACUGUUUCAUUUUCACUCUCCCUUGCGGUUGUUGAAUACCAGACGUUGGUUCUCCGUGGUGACAUGGAAUCCGCAAGUGAACUCUUGCCCGAUAUUCCCCAAGAUCAAAUGAAUAAGAUCGCUCGAUUUUUAGAAGGCCAAGGAUACAAAGACCUCGCCCUUGAUGUCGCCACUGAUCAAGAACACCGUUUUGAACUCUCCCUUAGCUUAGGAAAACUUGCUAUCGCUCUCGAAAUUGCCCGUGAAGCAGACGUCGAGCACCGAUGGAAGACUGUCGGUGAUGCCGCUAUGAAUGCCUGGGAUCUUUCUCUUGCCGAAGAAUGCUUCACUCACGCCAAGGAUCUAGGCUCCUUGCUUCUUCUCCACUCCUCUAGCUGCAACACCGAUGGCCUCCGUAAUCUAGCAGAGCGAGCUAAAGAAUCAGGUGCUCAUAACGUUGUCUUCUCUGCGCUCUGGCAACUCGGCGACAUGGAUGGCUGUAUAGAUUUACUUGUCCAAACCAACCGCGUUACAGAGGCCGUCCUUCUCUCUCAGACUUAUAAACCAAGUCGAACACCAGAUUUAGUGCUGCGCUGGAAGGAGAGUCUCGAGAAGAAUGGCAAGGGCAAAGUUGCUAGGACUCUCGGUGUCCCCCCUGGUGUAGAUGGCGCGGAUGAGGAGUUGUUUCCGGAGUGGGAUGAGUAUCUGAAACUUGAAUGUGGUGCGGAGGACCUGAUUGAUGUUAAUGGUGAUGAUAAUGACACUGGUGACGCUGGUGACGAUGGGGAAGCAGAAACGCCGGCUUACGAAGACGCUGAAGAGGCUUGAUGACGCAAGGCCCCCGGUUGUAAAUGAUCCUUCGAUUUUAUUAUCCCCGUUACUUCAUUUUAACUGAACUUGAGGAUUAUGUUCGUUUCGUAUUGUGAGGUAAUUCGGCUUUUUUGUUUUCAGUCUGCCUUCCCCUUUUUCAAGAGAGUAUGUGGUGUAGCCUCAUAUGCUUUGGUGGACCUCAUGAGA